AUGGCAUCAUCUACACAGGGGAAUAGCAAUCCCGCACUGCCAUACAACGCAUCAACAACAUCGCCAGAUGUCGAGGCUGUGCAGUCCUCGAAAGACGACUCUGUCUAUCCGGCCGAUGCCUUCUCACUGCCACGGCGGAUUCUAUUCAUCGUGACUGUGUGUAUAAGCAUGUACAUCAACCAGCUGGGCUUGUGCAACACCCUGACGACGCUCCGCAUAAUCGGAGACUCUUUUGGCAUCAGCAAUCCUGGUACAUUGUCAUGGUUGAUUGCUGGCUACAGCUUGACUAUCGGCACAUUCAUCCUCAUUGGUGGGCGCCUUGGCGAUGAGUUUGGCAACAAGAAGAUGUUUGUCCUGGGAAUGAGCUGGCUUUCCUUGUGGAGCUUGGUGGCAGGACUCUCCGUCUAUUCCAAUCAUGUGCUCUUCGUAUUUGCUCGCGUCUUCCAGGGUAUGGGUCCUGCCUUGACUUUGCCUAAUGCUCUCGGCAUCUUUGGCAAGUCUUUUUCUGAAGGCCCGCGAAACAUGGCCUUUGCAUGGUUCUCAGCAGCAGCGCCACUUGGCGCCGUUACAGGUCUCCUUUUCGGCGCCCUCUUUGCGAUGGCUUGGUGGCCAUGGAUUUUCUGGAGCCAGGCGAUUGGUGUUGCUUUUGUAGCCGCCUUUGCUGCCUGGACAAUACCAGAUUUGCCUCUACAAGAGGAGCAGGUACGACCACUUCGUCAAAAGUUGGACCGCCUGGAUCUUCCCGGAGGUGCAGCUGGCGUGACGGCUCUAGUCUUGUUCAACUUGGCGUGGAAUCAGGCCGUGGUUGUUACUUGGCGGGAGCCCUACGUUUAUGUGUGCCUGAUCCUCAGUUUCAUUUUCGGUGCACUAUUCUUUUACAUUGAAAUCUACCGAGCCAACCAUCCAAUUCUGCCCAUCGCUGCCUUUACUUCGGAUAUAAUGUUCGUUUUCGCAUGCACGGCAGCAGGCUGGGCCACAUUUGGCAUAUGGCUCUUCUACGUCGUGCGGGAAGCCCUUGAUAUAGGUGGCCAAACUCCUAUUCAAUUGGCAGCAUGGUUUACCCCCAUUCUUGUUACCGGAGUAGCUUCAGCUUUGACCGUUGGCAGCAUAAUCAGCAAGGUUCCUGCCCCGUAUAUUAUGAUGGUUGGACAGAUUGCUUUUUUGGUCACAUCUAUUAUCAUGGCCUUCCGGCCUCCAGACUCGAUCUAUUGGACCUACUUCUUUUUCGGCACCAUCAUCGCCACUAUCGGAAUGGACACAUCGUUACCUGCCGCCAUAAUGAUUUUCGCAAGCGUGGUGCCCCGGCAAUACCAAGGCAUGGGAGCUAGUAUGGUUAUGACCAUCGUCAACUACAGCAUAUCACUUGGUCUUGGGUUUGCUGGCACCAUCGAAACCAAUAUUAAUCAUGGUGGGCAUACCAAAGCAGAGUUGCUUCAUGGUUAUCGGGGCGCUCUGUGGUUCUCUGUCGGUUUGACGGGGCUCGGAACUGUUCUCAGUCUCAUCUUCUUGCUCAAAAACUAUCGAAAACAGAAGUCGAAUGGAAAUGAAGCGGAAGAGGACACUCCAGAGAAACAUCAGUCCUGA